CUUGAGCCCAUGCGUCAUGGUCACACCACGCAACACCAAACUCGUGACUAGUUGACUCGAUGGAAUGCUUGAAAAGCUCAGUAUCUCCUCUUGCUCUUUGAUAUCUUGACCUCAGCAUCAUUUGGUCUUCUGAGCCUCAUCCUCCCACUCUGCAACCACCCCUGUUCGACCCCAGAUUUCGGUUGUCUCCACUACACCGACUAUCCCUAAACGGCAACCCUCCAACCUCUAUCAUUCUCUCCUUCCACUCCACAAGACAUCCGCAACCAUAUCACGAUGUCAACAUCACGAAAUCGUCCGAUGCAGCACAUUGACCGCAAGAGUCUCUACACCAGUCUGGAGGCUCGUGUCAAGUACUUGCAUUCUUUUCUUGACUUCGGUGUCAGUGACAUCGAAGCAUUGAAGAGCGGCAGCAAAUAUAUCCAGGCCCUCAUCCCAGCGGUUGUCAACAUUGUGUACAAGAAACUUUUGCAGUAUGACAUCACCGCCCGGGCUUUUACGACAAGGUCCACAGCCUUCGAAGGUCCCAUGGACGACACGCCAGACGAGGACAGCCCCCAGAUUCUUCAUCGCAAAAUGUUUCUCAGAGCAUAUCUUAAGAAGUUGUGUUCAGAUCCUGCGCAGAUGGAGUUCUGGGAGUACCUCGACAAGGUUGGCAUGAUGCACACAGGCAUUGGCCGAACGCACCCAUUACACAUUGAGUACAUUCACAUCGGCGCCGGACUCGCUGUUAUCCAAGAUGUUCUCACCGAGGCUAUCCUCUCCCAUCCUCGUCUACACAUCCAACGCAAGAUCGCCAUCGUCAAAGCCCUUGGCAAGGUCAUCUGGAUUCAGAACGACCUUUUCACCAAGUGGUAUGUCCAUGAUGGGGAGGAGUUCACUGACGGCAUGGACUUUGGCGAAAUCGAAAAGGAAGGCUGGCUGCACGGAAAGAAGGUUCUUAACGAACAAGAUGCUAUUUCUGAGGGCAGCGAUGACACAGCAACAGCCUGCCCCGCCAGCGGACAAAAAGGCAAAGAUGGUCCGACAGCUGGUGUGUGUCCAUUCACAGGGAUAUCGUCAGACAUGAAGAAUUUGAAAGUGCAAGAUGACAAGCCCAAAGUGGAGGUGACGGCGACUGGACAGCAAUAAGCCUGGGCGGCAUUGACGACCACUGGUUUCACGAGAAAUGAUUGGCAAGGAGUUCAAAGGUCUGAGGGGUUUUUCUAUGUACAUACUUUUUCUGGCAGUGUUUGGCUUGUUGCGUUUCAGAACCAAACGAUAGACCGAGGUGGUCGUUUCUUGCAUGGUCAUUAAAUAUCACCAUUCUUCACUCUGUCUAUCACAUGUGCU